CAUGUCAAUCAGCCACGUCAUUUUUGCUUGAAUGAUAGAGUGUACGCGGCGUAACUGAGAUAAGCAUUUCUGUAAAAAAUGAAUAUUUUCCGUUUACUUGGUGAUUUAUCCCAUCUUCUAGCUAUCAUAAUAUUACUACUUAAAAUAUGGAAAACCAGAUCAUGUGCGGGCAUUUCAGGAAAGUCGCAGAUACUUUUCUCUGUUGUAUACACGGCGCGUUACUUGGAUCUGCUUACCAAUUACAUCUCGGCAUAUAAUACGUUUAUGAAGAUGGUGUUCAUUAUGGCCUCAUACGCGACUGUUUACCUGAUGUAUGUCAAGUUCAAAGCGACGUAUGAUCACAACCACGACACUUUUAGGAUCGAGUUCUUACUGAUACCUACAUUGGUUCUGGCUUUGUUGAUAAACCAUGAAUUCACAGUAAUGGAGGUACUAUGGACGUUCUCAAUUUACUUGGAGUCUGUAGCUAUUUUACCACAAUUGUUCCUGGUGUCGAAGACUGGAGAGGCUGAAAGUAUUACAUCCCACUACCUAUUUGCUCUUGGAUCAUACAGAGCUCUCUACCUCUUGAACUGGGUGUACCGUUAUGUUGUGGAGGAUCACUAUGAACUCAUCGCAAUCAUCUCCGGAGUCGUGCAAACUGUGCUGUACUGUGAUUUCUUCUAUCUUUACAUUACAAAAGUAUUGAAAGGAAAGAAACUGCAGUUGCCGGCCUAAGCCUGAAAGCAAGAGGAUUGCAUUAAAUCAAUCUGACAGUUACGUCUGUGAAUAUAUCUGUGUGAGCCAAUAAAUUACCUAAGAUCUAGUUGUACAAACAUUACCCGUAUUGUACUGUUGUGAAAAUGUUGAUUUACUAAUGGCAAUUAUGUGUGAUUGUGUAUCUUCAUUAACUUGUACAGCCACAAGCAAUAAUAAAUGGUAUUUUGCAUUAAAACCAGUCUUAAUCGUGUCUACUUAGUGCUAUCAAAAACACAGUACUUUAUUGGCUACUGUACAUAAUUUCACAUUAUCUACAACUCUAUUCACUACCAUGUAUUAAUUAAAAUGAAUUCAUCACACAAAUAGAUUGUAGCAAUCUUAAAAAAGCAAUAAUUUUAUUUGGCUUCCUAUUACUUAAUAAAAUAUGUGAGUGUGGUGAUUCAACUACAUCUUUAAACUUAGGCUAAAAUUUUAAUAUGCAUUCCUGUAACAAAAGUAGUCUAUCUGACAACUAAUUUAAGAAUUUGGAGAUAAACUAAAUUAAGUAAUUACAUGACUAGAGGCUUUAAUUUUCUCAUUUGUAUUGUUUCAAUCAUUGCUUUAAUUCAGGUUUCUCAUAAAUUAAGAAGAAAAAUAAUAAAUACAAGUAAAAUGUAUGUCUGUGCUGUUAAUGUUAGAGUACUACUGGAUAGUUUGAGGGAUUCAAAGUUUGUAUGAUAGGUAUAUUUAAAUAGUAGAAUACAUUUAAUAUAUUGGCAUAAACCACUUUUUAUUGUUCGUGACUGUACUUAAUUUUAACUGCAGUUAACCUAUCUAGUUAUUGACAAUAUUUUCAGUGCAAUUUAAUUUUUAAUAGCCACCUAUUGUGACGCAAAUUGUUAAAUACCCUUUAACAAUGUAUUGUCGAGGAUAUGAUUUUGUAUCUUACCCUUAGAUUAUAUGAACUUUGAUUAUAAUAUUGUAUUUGUCAUUUCUUCCCAUUAGGUAAGAUUUUCGACAUUUUGAAUACUAGGCAAUGCUUAAUUGAUAAGGUUUUAAACUAACUUCUAUAGUUCGUGUUUGCCAAUAGUUUUAUACAUUCUACGGUGUAUGUAUCUGUCCCGCACUAUCGCAAAUUAUUUUGAUGAGUUAACUGAAACCAAAAUUAGUAUUACAUGGACUUGUGUGCAGUUUGUCAUGUCAAAGUAUUCUACGCAUGGCAUUUCAAUGUAUGGGACGUCAAUUAUACCAUGUAUUAAACACUCCUUCCAUACAUUGUCACACAACUUAUUAAAUAAAUAUGUAUUUAAGUGUACAACAUUGUUUAUUUUUCUCCAUUUGGAUAUGAGAACAAGAAAGAAGGCAUGCAUGCCAUAUGCCGCUUAAUAUAUUUUUCAUUGUUACAUUAUAUCUUAUUAUUUUUUAUAAAUUGUAUUAUAAUUUUCUUCUAUUUUCAUUUUGCCUAUUAACUGUCAAAUUAAAGAUCUGCAUUUCAUAUGCGACUUUAAUCCAACUCCUAUGUAGUUCUAUUUAUAAAUUACUUAAUAUUGUAGCUCUAUUUCCUAUUACAUAUGCGAUAUUAUUCUGCACACUAAAUGAUUAGUGUUCACAUCCAGUCAUAAUUAAACGUAACGAAAUUUAAUACAGAUUUAGAUCAAACAUUGCGUUUUUAUACAGUUUAGUAUUAAGACCCUAUUGUAAUGUCUUGCUAUAUAAGAAUUAUGAAUAAAUGAAAUUUGGAAGUGAA